CCCUUUUCUGGACUUUUUGACCCAGAACGAGAGCAACAAAGCCAACUUUGAGAAGAUGGUGGAGGCCCUGAAGGCCAGCAAGGGCGGCAAACGCAUCGGGGUCUUCAGCAAGGACAAGUUCCCUGGCGACUUCAUGAAGAGCUGGAACGACUGCCUGGGCAAGGAGGGCUUCGAGAAGGUGGACAUCAGCGCCGUGGUGGCCUACACCAUGGCGGCCAAGGAGGACGGCGAGCUCCAGCUGAUGCGCAAGGCGGCCGCCAUCACCUCCGAGGUCUUCUCCAAGUUCUUCAAGGAGCGGGUGAUGGAGAUCGUGGACGCCGACGAGAAGGUGCGGCACAACAAGCUGGCCGAGUCGGUGGAGAAGGCCAUCGAGGAGAAGAAGUACCUGGCGGGGGCCGACCCGUCCACCGUGGAGAUGUGCUACCCACCCAUCAUCCAGAGCGGCGGCAACUACAACCUCAAGUUCAGCGUGGUCAGUGACAAGAACCACAUGCACUUCGGGGCCAUCACCUGCGCCAUGGGCAUCCGCUACAAGUCCUACUGCUCCAACCUGGUGCGCACGCUGAUGGUGGACCCUCCCCAGGAGAUGCAGGACCACUACGCCUUCCUCCUGCAGCUGCAGGAGGAGAUGCUGAAGGAGAUGCGGCACGGCGCGCGGCUCUGCGACGUCUACGGGGCCGUGAUGGAGGUGGUGAAGAAGCAGAAGCCGGAGCUGCUGAGCAAGAUCACCAAGAACUUGGGCUUCGCCAUGGGGAUCGAGUUCAGGGAAGGCUCGCUCGUCAUCAACAGCAAGAACCAGCAGCGCCUCAAGAAGGGCAUGGUCUUCAGCAUCAACGUGGGCUUCUCGGACCUGCCCAACAAGGAGGGCAAGAAGCCGGAGGAGCGCACCUACGCCAUGUUCAUCGGCGACACCGUCCUGGUGGACGAGGACGGCCCCGCCAUCAUCCUCACCGCCGUCAAGAAGAAGGUCAAGAACGUUGGGAUCUUCCUCAAGGUGAUGCCUGGAGGAUGUCUGGGGGGGGGCAAAACCUCGUUUUUUUCCCCAAUUUGGGCAAAAUUGGCUUUUUCCUGAUGUGAUUUGG